AUGCAUUUCAUCCUAGCCGGGCAAUGCUCAAGGAAGGGAAUCACCGGCCGGCUGUUCAGCGCUGGCUACAAAUACCUCUCCAAGGCGCCCGGCUCCGCAACCAGCUCCUCAUCCACCCCCGAGCACCGCUACAACCCCACCACCUGCUCAUCCCUCUUGCCCUCAAAUACCCCUUGCUCAUCAUCAUCCUCUCUUACUAGGUAUCCCCACCAAAGCCAAGAAGCCCAAACCCGCCGUCUGGCCGACUUCUCAUUCAUGCUAGGCGGCUACAAGUUUGCCAGCCAGAUGUACAACUAUCUGCGCAAGGACACAUUCAACGACCAAGCCUGGUCGUGGCGCUAUAUAUACACCAUCCUGGCCGCCCAUCGCUACGCGUCUGCCAAGCAGAACUGGCUCUUGAAGGUCUGCCUCCAACAGGCACCCCAGUUUGUCGGCUGGGCGCGGAUCAAAGAGUACAUCGACCACAAGAUGGCUCACAUGGCUGAGCUCAACGCCAAUUGGCCCGCGGCGCUUGUCCGCUACUGGAACGUGCUGCGGCGAAGGAUCCUCUCGGGCGCUGGAGAUGCGGACAAUGAUGAGCUCUAUCUCACCAAAUUCAGAGUGCUGUAUCCAAGGGCUAUCAAGGCCAAUCCGUCCCUGGAACUCCCAAGGAUCAAGGAUAUCUCCCUGUUCGACGUCGAGCGCUGCAAGAUCCGUGUGCCCCACCAGAACCAUCUUCGGGUGUAUCCAGACAUUGAUCCAGCCAUGUGGGAAGAGCUCGGCGCACAAAUGUGA